UCUCUGAUCUGGACCCGAGCCUCUGGGAGCCUUCUCCUCCUGCACACCCCUCCGGCUGCUGGCCCCGCCCUGCAGGCUCUCGGGAUGGGGGGCUCCGAGACGGCGUCUGUCCUUGGCGGGGGCUCCUUCGACCAGCUCACCGCCUGAGGGCGAGCACAGCGGCGUCUCGGUGGAGGGGCGGGGUGGGGGCGCCCGCGGGCGGACCACGACCACGGAUCGAGCCAGCGCCAUCAUGUCGGCCCCCGGGGGCCCUUCGUGGAUGUGCGGCCUCCUGGUGUGGGUGGGGCUGGUCACGGCGAGCGUGAGCGCGGCCCAGCAGCAGCCGGUGGUCACUACCAAUUAUGGAAAAUUACGGGGGGUGAAGGUGACGUUACCCAACGAGAUCCUGGGCCCGGUGGAGCAGUACCUGGGGAUCCCGUACGCGCUGGCCCCGACGGGGGAGCGGCGGUUCCAGCCGCCCGAGCCCCCCAUGUCGUGGCCGGGGAUCAGGAACGCUACUCAGUUCGCCGCGGUUUGCCCUCAGUUCCUGGAGGACCGCUUUUUACUCAACGACAUGCUGCCGGUGUGGUUCACCGCCAACUUGGAUACGGUGGUGAGCUACGUCCAGGAGCAGAGCGAGGACUGCCUGUACCUCAACAUCUACGUCCCCACGGAGAACGAUAUCCAUGAUGAGAACGGCCUAAAGCCGGUCAUGGUCUACAUCCACGGAGGCUCGUACAUGGAGGGAACCGGGAACAUGAUCGACGGCAGCAUCCUGGCCAGCUACGGAAACGUCAUCGUCAUUACAAUCAACUACCGACUGGGAGUUCUGGGGUUUCUAAGCACAGGAGACCAGGCGGCCAAGGGCAACUACGGCCUGCUGGAUCAAAUCCAGGCUCUCAGGUGGAUCAAAGAAAACAUCCAGGCCUUCAAAGGAGACCCCAAGAGAGUGACCAUUUUUGGCUCCGGAGCCGGGGCCUCGUGCGUCAGCCUGCUCACACUCUCACAUUACUCAGAAGAUUUGUUCCAGAAAGCCAUCAUCCAGAGCGGCACGGCGCUGUCCAGCUGGGCCGUCAAUUACCAGCCUGCCAAGUACACGCGCGCCCUGGCUGAGAAGGUGGGCUGCAACAUGCUGGACACCAUCGACCUGGUGGAGUGCCUGCAGAAGAAGAACUACAAGGAGCUGAUCGAGCAGUACAUCACGCCCGCCAAGUACCACAUCGCGUUCGGGCCGGUGAUCGACGGCGACGUCAUCCCGGACGACCCCCAGAUCCUCAUGGAGCAGGGCGAGUUCCUCAACUACGACAUCAUGCUGGGGGUCAACCAGGGCGAGGGCUUCAAGUUCGUGGACGGCAUCGUGGACAGCGAGGACGGCGUGUCCGCCAACGACUUCGACUUCGCCGUGUCCGACUUCGUGGACCACCUGUACGGCUACCCGGAGGGCAAGGACACGCUGCGCGAGACCAUCAAGUUCAUGUACACCGACUGGGCGGACAAGGAGAACCCGGAGACCCGCCGCAAGACGCUGGUGGCGCUGUUCACCGACCACCAGUGGGUGGCGCCGGCCGUGGCCACGGCCGACCUCCACGCGCAGUACGGCUCGCCCACCUACUUCUACGCCUUCUACCACCACUGUCAGAGCGACAUGAAGCCCAGCUGGGCCGACUCGGCGCACGGCGACGAGGUGCCCUACGUGUUCGGGAUCCCCAUGAUCGGCCCCACCGACCUCUUCAACUGCAACUUCUCCAAGAACGACGUCAUGCUGAGCGCCGUCGUCAUGACCUACUGGACCAACUUCGCCAAAACGGGGGAUCCAAACCAGCCCGUCCCACAGGACACAAAGUUCAUCCACACCAAACCCAACCGGUUCGAGGAGGUGGCCUGGACCAAGUACAACCCGAAAGAUCAGCUCUACCUUCACAUCGGCCUCAAACCUCGAGUCCGGGAUCACUACCGCGCGACCAAAGUGGCCUUCUGGCUGGAACUGGUCCCGCACCUUCACAACAUCAACGAAUUCUUUCAGUACGUCUCCACCACCACCAAGAUCCCGCCGCAGGACACCACGCCGUACCCCUACACCAAACGCUUCCCGGGCAAGAACAACUGGCCGUCCACCACCCGCCACCCGGGGGUCCCGCCCACCAACACCAAGCAGACCACGGAUCAGCGCAAGAGCGGCGACCUGACGGACGAGUCCACCGUGGUGAUCGAGACCAAGCGGGACUACUCCACCGAGCUGAGCGUCACCAUCGCCGUGGGGGCGUCGCUGCUCUUCCUCAACAUCCUGGCCUUCGCCGCGCUGUACUACAAGAAGGACAAGCGGCGGCACGAGACCAACCGCCGCGUGCCCACGCCGCAGCGCAACUCGGCCGCGCCCAACGCGCCGGCCGCCGCCAACGACGUGGCGCACCUGCAGAGCGAGGAGCUGAUGUCUCUGCAGAUGAAGCAGCAGCAGCUGGAGCACGAGCACCACCACGAGUGCGAGCCGCUGCAGACCCACGACACGCUGCGGCUCACCUGCCCGCCCGACUACACCCUGACUCUGCGCCGGUCGCCCGACGACAUCCCCCUCAUGACGCCCAGCACCAUCACCAUGAUCCCCAACUCUCUGGCUGGCAUGCAGCCUCUGCACAACUUCAACACCUUCGGCGGCAGCCAGAACAGUACCAACCUGCCCCACGGCCACUCCACCACGCGGGUAUAGCUCCGCCCGCCGCCCGCUAACUGUGUGAAGCACAGACUUCCAAAGUCCCAGCAGAUCUUAUUUUGCUACCAUGCCUUCUUGAAGAGUAUAUAGUGAUCAUAAAACUCAUGGAAAAUAUUAAAAGUGAAUGUUCUCUAGUAAUAACUUCGUGGAGAAAAGCUUCAUGGAAGGAAACUUACCAAAAGACAAGGCAGCCAGAGGAUGACUGUUAAUGUUCUUACGAUACUGACGAAGAAGCUUCUGGAGGCUUUUUGUGCCAUAAAACACACAACAGGAAGGCGAGGUUGUUGAAAAGCAUCAAUGGAGCAUCAUGAGUCUUCAUGCAUCAGACUUCUUGGGCACAGAAAUUUACACCCAGCCUGAAAUGUAUUUAUGAAAACUUUGCAAAAAAAAACGAAAGAAGAAAAAAAAAAAGAAAAUUAAAGAAGCUAUAUAGUUGUGCGUGGAAAAAGUUUUAAAAAAGAGAUUCUUCUUUUUCAGUUUGGCUGAGAUCUUUUGCGUUCAGCUCGUGCUUUCUGUUGAGAUGUGUGUAAAUAUAUCUGAACAUCCUUCUUUUUUCCCCACCUGUUAGUUUCCACUGAAAUGACCAAAUUGCGAACACAAUCCCACCCCGUUCAUCACACACCAGUGCUGUCUCGUGCAUUGCUUUGUGUCCGCUCUUUAGACAUUGCAUGUCCGGGAAGAGCUUUCUUUUUUUCAGCGGCAGUCUGAGGAGGAGGAGCAGCUGGAUCCCAUCAACCGCUCUCACUGUUUUCUGUCUCCUCAGUCUCAGCACUGAGCUUACAAUGUGACCAGCAAUGUAUUAUUUAGAACUGAAGAACGCAGUGAGUUUUAUUUUCUUUUUUCUUUUUUUGUAUUUCUCUUAGUUGGAUAUGUUUGUAAAGAAAUAUAUGUUAGAUAUUUCAAAUUGUCAUAUGCUAGCAAUAUGUAAGGUAUUGUGCCAGGCUUGUGAUAUUUUGGGUUACUCAAGCAAGUGAAUGAGUGUAAAUAUUAAUAUUAAUUAUUAUAAAAUUGCAACACAGUAAUCAUUAACUCUCUUUCUGUUUUGCAUCCUAUGAAAAAAAAAACACAAAACAAAACAAACAAAAAAAAAAAAGCAAACAAAACAAGGAAAAUAUGGACGUACCUCCAGAAGAUUUUAAGCAACAUUUGUAAGAUAUAUGAAAAAAAAAUCUAUUCUUGCCAUUUGGUCCUGAAACCAGUCGAGAUAA